UGUCUCACCGAGGAGGGCGCUAUGAGCUACCACAGUUGCUCUUCUUCUACACAUUUAUUCUAUUAAUGAGUAGUUUAGAUGUGAACAUGGCUCAAUGCGCUUGGUCGGAAAACAUUCUCAAGCUCCUCCGGCGAAUGAAUAACUUUUAUUUACCAGGCUCGAGUCGUGCUAACUGCUUAAGGUUUGAGAUAGACGGAGCUCAGGUUGGUUGGAUUCCUCCUCACGUCGCUUCGCUGUUGACCCGGUAUCCAGCGGUGUUCAGGCCGCCACACGGUGGCGCAGUGUCGCUGUGUGAAGGUCUGGACUCCUACGAGAAGAGAUCCGAGGCCGUGGACGCGGUCCUGAAAGACCUGAGGAAAGAAGAGAGUCUGACGUGUCUUAAAGGAUGGAGAGAUGAGAAAUACAGCGUGAUGCCAAAAUUCUGUGACCCUCCUUCGAUGUGGAUGGAAAGAUCAGCUACAUGUCUUUUCGGGGUGAAGCGUUACGGAGUUCACCUCAACGGCUACACCGUCAGUAAGAGCGGCGAGGUCAGCAUGUGGCUGGCUCGACGGUCCCUCACGAAGCAGACGUACCCGGGGCUGCUGGACAACGUGGCGGCCGGCGGACUGGCUGCUGACGUCGGAAUCAAACAGACUAUGGUUAAAGAAUGCCAGGAGGAAGCGUGUAUCCCAGCAGCCAUUGCUGAGAAGGCCCGUCCUGCAGCAACAGUGAGCUACACCUAUGAGGAUGAAGAGGGCGUGUUUGCAGAAUGCCAGUUUGUGUUCGAUUUGGAGCUUCCUCUGGACUUCAAGCCCGUAGUUGGAGACGGAGAAGUGCAAGAUUUCCAGAUCCUGCCCAUACAUGAGGUGAAAAAGCUCCUGGCGACUGAUGACUUUAAACCAAACUGUGCCAUGGUUGUCUUAGACUUCCUCAUCAGACAUUCGUUCAUUGAUCCCGACACAGAGCCGUUCUAUCAGGAAUUUGUGGCGGGACUCCAUCAGACGAUCUAGACUGAAGCUGACGACGCUGCGAGAAACAAAGGCUCCGUCUGCACUGUGAUUUUAAAACGGAGAAUGGCUUAAAUGGAGAAAGAGCUGAGGUCACGUGAUGGUGAAUUGUCGAGCUUUGGGACAUUCUGACAAAUACAAAGUACUUAAUGCACUGGUUUCCCAAACAUAAAUUCUGUUUGUCUACACCAGUGGUCCCCAGCUCAACCUUGCUCUCUGCAUGUGCCGUCUCCAAGUGACGUCUUAACUUGUUUUUCAAACCAUCAAAAGCUGAUAUUUUUUAACACACAACCCACUGUGGUCUGUCCUUAUUACCCGCCGUUGUCUUGUUUCCUGGCUACUGAAGACGACUUUGUGAACCACUGGUCUAAACUGUCCACUCCUUGGCAUCUUAUAAAUGUGCUUUUAUUGUUAUGUAAAUUAACAUUUUACAUCAAAAACAUUGCGAUAUUUAUGUGCAAUAUGAAAUAAAAAAUUAUAUACUGUAAUCCUA